AUGAAAAAUUCAACAAUUUUUCACAAGGAUUGCUCCCAACACUCUUUCACUGUCUCAACAAGUUCUUUGAUCACUAUCCUUUCGCUGUCGGGAGUCUGUGGAAUUGCAGCGAUUUUUUUAAACAUUUUUGUCAUUUUGGUGAUUUGUCACAAACCUGCGCUACGAUCCAUGACAAACUAUUGGAUUGUUUCCCUCGCCGUUGCCGAUUUGCUGAUUGCAACAUUGGGUGUGCCAGUGUGGUGUUUAAAACUCCUUCAAAAGGCACACUUCAUUGAGGAAAACGUGCAUAACUUGUUCACGGUGAUUGUGGUUUUGACACUGUCUGCUUCCUCGCUAAACCUUCUUGCGUUAAGUUACGACCGCUAUGUAGGUGUCACUGCACCAUUUCAAUACCAAAGUAGACUUACCCCACGAAAGUGCGGCAAAAUCAUCGCAGUAAUUUGGACCUCGUCCCUUCUAGUAUCAUUAAUAUCACUAAAAAACAACUGUGGCAUAUCAGCGCAGGGCCAUUUUGCCCUCUUUAUGGGCAUCUUUGGUAUUCCAUUUGUGUUUAUUUCCUAUUUCUACAUGCGAAUAUUCAAGGAAGCCAACAGGCAGAAAAGAUUGAUAAAAGUGCAAGAAACCCGCUCAAAUCAGUACCAACCCUGUUUCCUGAAAGAAUACAAAGCCGUCAUGACUGUUGCUAUGGUGACGGGCUCGUUUGCACUUUGUUGGCUUCCAGGUUUGAUUGAUUCGGCGAUUCACCUUUCAGCGCCAAAAUUUUGGGCCGACACUCAGUUAUGGCUCGGUACAACUACCCUGGCUUGUUUUUCUUCAGUGUUAAAUCCUAUCUUAUACUCUGUGCGGAUAAAGGCGUUCAGAAGCACGCUCCCAAUUACUACAAUUUUCCCGAAGGUCAACAGAAAUUCAGUCAGUAUUGUCAGUCACACUGUUUGA